UGCGCGCAUCGCAAAGAGGUCCAUGUCACCAGAGGUCUCUUGCGCUCCCUCUGAGAAGAAAGAGAAGCAGGAGGAAGGCAACGAGGAAAUAGAGAGGAAGGAAGGAAGGAAGGAAGGAAGGAAGGAAGGAAGGAAGGAAGGAAGGAAGGAAGGAAGGAAGCAAGGGGGGGAGCCAUUUAUUUCCCCCCUCCUGCGAAACAGCCAGCCCAAACCUUCAGCUGCUUGCCUGUUUCCAGGAGACCAGCUUGGUUCUGAUUUCUCUCUCUCCCUCUCCUUUCUUUCUUUCUUCUCCUCCCCCCCUCUUCCUCUCACCCACCCACCCCCGUCCUUCCCCCACCCCCUUUUUCCUGACGGCCACCCCCCCGAGGAAUGAUGAAAAAAACCAAUUCUACCAAGCGGGGUCACCAGGAUGGGAACCAGCAACCCACUCUGCUGGAGAAGGUGGGCUGGGUCCGGAAAUUCUGCGGGAGAGGCAUUUUCCGGGAGAUCUGGAAAAACCGCUACGUGGUUCUGAAAGGGGAUCAGCUGUACAUCUCGGAGAAGGAGGUAAAAGACGAGAAGAACAUUCAGGAAGUGUUUGACUUGAACGAUUAUGAGAAAUGCGAAGAGCUCAGGAAAUCAAAAAGCAGGAGCAAAAAGAACUACAGCAAGUUCUCGCUCGCCCACUCCAAGCAGCCUGGGAACACAGCACCUAACCUUGUCUUCCUGGCUGUGAGUCCCGAAGAAAAGGAGUCCUGGAUCAAUGCUCUCAACUCUGCGAUAACUCGCGCCAAGAACCGCAUCUUGGACGAGGUGACCGUGGAGGAGGAGAGCUACCUUGCCCACCCGACUCGCGACAGGGCCAAGAUCCAGCACUCCAGGCGGCCGCCAACCAGGGGGCAUUUGAUGGCUGUGGCAUCUACCUCAACGUCCGACGGAAUGUUGACCCUCGAUUUGAUCCAGGAGGAGGACACUUCCCCAGAAGACCACGGCACCUGCGAGGAGAGCUUCCGGGUGGACCUGGACAAAUCUGUGGCCCACCUCUCGGCCGGGCGGCGGCGUUCGGAUUCUGAGAACGUGAAGCCAGCGGAGAAAAGCCAGACGAACAGCCUCCCGAGGCGGGAGGUGGAGUCUUGGGACAAGUUCUCUCAGCGCACCGACUCCUUUGAGAAGGGUACCAUGUACACCCCGCAGGUUCCGAAGAAGCUCUCCCACCUGGAGAAAAACAAAUGUGCCUCCAUGGAGGAGAUCUUGUCGUGCCGGGACUCUUCCUCGGCGCACCGGGCGGUGCUGAGGAAAGGGCUGGAGGAGCAGCUGGCCUCGGCCGGGCCAGAGCAGCUGGGCCGGAUUCAGGAACUCGUGGCGUUGAAACUUGAAAAGACCCAGGAACUGCUGGCGGAGGUGAGGGGCUACGCCGAGGGGAAACGGAAGGCCAAGGACCCCACUUCUGCUGCCGCCACCAUCGCCUCCUCUCCCGCCUCCUCCUCGUCUUCUUCCAAGUUGGACUCGGAGGCCAUCUUGCAGGAGACGGAGCGGCUGCUCGGGGAGGCCUCGUCCAACUGGAGCCAGGCUCAGAAAGUGCUGCAGGAGGUGCAAGAACUGAGGGGCCUGUACAAGCAGCUCGAACUGCAGCUCUCAGACCCCAAAUCCAAACAGAACGCGCAAUCCCAGUACAGGAAAAGUAUGAUGUGAAUGGAGGCCCGCUUUGGGCCCUCUUAGGCGGGAAGGACAGGGUGUUAGGGCGGGUAGGAAGAGGGUCAAAAGGGUUGGUAUGUACCUUUUUAUUACCACUAUUAUUAUUUACAGUGUUUGAUGCUGACGAAGGUGCCUGUUCUCAUCCAAUCCUAAUUUCUCACCAGUUUGAUUUGCUGCCCUUCUUUUGCCCCCAUCAACCCACCCCCCUUUUUCCCUUCUCCAGCCCCAGACAAACACAUUCCAAUAAAUCAGUUUGUAUCCAUGCUUUUAAAUUUAUUUUGGGGGGCUUUGUUUUCCUCAGCUUUCUCUCGCUCUAAAACAAUAUCGAGCCUCUUUUUCAAAGAGGAUAAAGGAUUCUAGGUUUGCGGCAGGAGGGCUUAAUUAAUUUUUUUUGUAGUUUGGUGGCAGGGCACAGAAUCUGGUACAAUAAUUUCUUUCUAGAGAAGGCUUCCAAAUGGAAACUGUUGAGGUCCUCAACCUGAGCGUGGAGAGGAUGGAGCAAAUGAGAGCAUCCCAGUAGCCUUCUCCAGUUCUCCAAAAGUCCCUGGAGAUUUAGACUGACUUUGGGCCCCAGGAUGUGGGUUUCUUCCCGCAAAAGAGCAGAUUUAAUCCACUACUAGUCCCUCCACAUCCAAAUCUCUCUCGCUCUACAAUAUCUGCUCUUCAGGCUCUCACUCCGGGCCACUCUGCAAUUUGCAGUGCCCACCUUGGCCAGACUCCAAAACCCUGCCACAAAAGCAGCCUAAAACUAUGCAGAAAAAUAAUUUCAGUUUCCCUGACAUUUCCAAACCAAAUCAAUUCAGCUCUGUGCUUGAGCACAAGUCUCGAAACAUCAGGUUGAACUGCACCCCAAUUUUUAAAACUUUUAUUCGACUGUUCUUGCUCUCUGGUGGAAUUCUGGUUGUCUUUUAAGUUCCACACAACCGGCAACAGAGUUUUUGGGUACACAUUCAUGAGUCAUGCUAAACAACAACAACGCACAUUGAUGUCGCCGAUCGGCCUGUUCAUAUAGACAUCCCACGCAGCCUUCCUAAAAGCUGCUUUGUGCAGCUCACGAGUUAGCAAAGCACGUGACUAAGUUUGCAGGAAAAGCUGUGACUCACGAGAUCCGGGAUCCUUCAUCAGAGUUCUCACGUUGCAAGAGGCUUGUAGGCAGAUUCUGCCCUUCUCAUGAUGUUAGUUUCUUGUGUGGCUUCAAGGAUAUGUUUCAUCGCCCGUAUCGUUGCAAUGCAAUGUGCAAAAGGGCCCUAAUCAAUCAUUUCUCUUAACCAACACCAAGUCCUCUCUCUCCUCUCUUCCAAGAGCAGAGAAUUUUGUUUCCUCUUUGCUUUGUCUUCCCUUCAGUGAUACUGGUGCAAAACAGAUACGAAGGAACUCAAGAGUAGGUGUCAGUUCGUUGGGGCCCUCUCUCUCUACUGCUCAAUGGAUCACAAACCCAGUUUGCUUCUACAUGGGCUUCCUCACUGGGGCCAUCACAGUCAAGGCUAUGCAAAUAGUCAAGGGCUUGUUUGAAGGUUCUGCCAGGCCUGGAGCCCUUGUUCCCUUAGCCCUUCUGGAACAUAGGAAGCUGCUUUAUUUCAGACAAUUGUUCCGUCUAGCUGAGUAUUGUUUACACGUACUAGCAGUGGCUUUCCAGGAUUUCAGAGAGGGUUCUCUCCCAGCCCGAUCGGAAGGUGCCCUUGGGGAUUGAACCUGUGACCUUGUGGAUGCAAGGCAGAGGCGGCUCUGCCACUGAACUACAGCCUUUCUGCUCUCAGAAAACCAGCUGACAGGUCGAUUGGAGGGCCAUGGGAUUGGCAUAAGCAGCAGGUCUGUUUUCUCUUGCAGACAGCCAGGUACUAGAUUGCAAUGGAAGGCUCUUUUCCUUAAUAAGAGGGAUGUUAGGAUAGCCAUCUUCUAAAGGACUGUUGCAUGGAAGGUGGAACAAACUUGUCUUCGGCUGCCCCGGAGGGGAGGACCAUAACCAAUGGAUCCAAGUGACAAGCAAGGAGAUUCUGACUCAACAUUAGGAAGAACUUCCUGACUGAGCUGUUUGGCAGUGUGGAACAGACUCCCUCGGAAGACAGGGGGCUCUUUUUCAUUGGAGGUUUUUAAGCAGAGGUUGAAUGGCCAUCUGUCAGGGAUUCCUGAGCUGUGAUUCCUGCAUUGCAGAGGGUUGGACUAGAUCAGGCAUCCCCAACCUGCGGCCCUCCAGAUAUUUUGGCCUGCAACACCCAUGAUCCCUAGCUAACAGGACCAGUGGUCAGGGAUGAUGGGAAUUGUAGUCCAAAACAUCUGGAGGGCCAAAGGUUGGGGAUGCCUGACUAGAAGGUCCUUGGGGACACCUUCCAACUGUACGGUUCCUAUCUUUCAUGAUCCCAUUUCUGCCUGACAUGAUCUUUGCUUGGGUGGGUAGAUUUCAGAAUAGUGGAAGUGACACAGAGAAGCAUAUUCUCAGGGUGGGAAGUGGGUAGGUGAAUUCUCUAGUGGUGCAGAAAGGUGUUGGGUGGCUUUUUCAGAUAGGGUUGGAUGAAUUCAUGGAGAAGGAGAGGGCUGUUGAUGGCUACUAGCCGCAAUUGGCUAUGCUCUGCCUGCACAGGCAGCAAGGCUUCUCAAUAUCAGUUUCUGGAAACUGCAGGAGGGCAGAGGACUCUUGUGCUCGAAUCCUGCUUGAGGAUUUCCCAUUGGAGCAACAGGUUGGCCACUGUCAGAAGAGGAUGCUGGGCUGGAUGGGCCAUUGGUCUGAUCCAGCAGGCUCUUCUCACCUUCUUCUGUUAGGGACCAACCUUGCACCAGACCAGGUGGCCGUCGUCCUCAAUGAUGCUAGAGAACUGAGCCUGGGAAACUGACACCAGCCACAGACCCUUAUCUCACGUGUCCUCAUCUUGCUGCUGGUAACCAGACCAGCUCAGCUUUCUCUGCUUUGCGUAAUUCGAUAAGAGGAGGCUUUAUUACUCUCCCGGCAGAGCUGUCCCUUCAGACUCAUGGGGCGGAAUCCCCACAUGGCCAAGCAGUGGAAACGGCUCCAUCUGGGCACACAGGACACUGCUUUGCUGAUGUCCUGGUCUGUCUUCAACCACCAUCCACCAGCUGGCCUUCCUCCUCCUGUGCAGUCCUGGGCGUGUCAAUCCUGGCCGUCUAAGGUUGUGUAUGCAUUAAUCAUAGAAUUGGUGAGUUGGAAGGGACCCUGAGGGUCAUCUAGGCCACCCCCUUGCUACAAUGCAGGAAUCGCAGCUCAAUAAUCCCUGACAGGUGACCAUCCAACCUCUGCUUAAAAACCACCACUGCCUUCCGAGGGGAUUCCACUGCUGAAGAGCUCUUUCCUUCAGAAACUUAUUCGAUUUAUUUUUUUACUCGAGAAAGUUUGUUUAGGAAACAUUAGGAAGAACUAAUUUGGUCAAAAUCUCCUUUCUUGUAACUUGAAUCCAUUGGUUCAAGUCCUACCCUCCGGAGCAGGAACAAACAAGCUUGCUCCAUCUUCCAUGUGUCAGACCUUGAAACAUUGGAAGGUAUCUAGCAUCUCUCCCCCCCCCCUGUCUCCUCUCUCCUAAGCUAAACAUACCCAGCUCCUUCAACCGUUCCUCAUAAGGCUUGGUUUCCCGACCCUUGAUCAUCUUGGUCACCUCUGCAUAUGUCCCAGCUUGUCAACAUCCUUCUUAAACUGUGGCACCCAGAACUGGACACAGUAUUCCAUGUGUGGCCUGACCAAGGCAGAAUCGAGUGGGACUAUUACUUCCUUUGAUCUGGACACUUUGAUGCAGCCUAGAAUAGCAUCAGCUUUCUUUGCUUCUGCAAAGAAAUGGGCUCAAGUUAGUCACAUCCAUUAAUUUUGAUGGGUCUGUUGGAUACAGUCUUAAGAUAGUGCUGAUCCCCUCAGACCCUUGUGAGCAUUGUGAUACUCAUACUGAAUCAAAGCGGGUGCAAAGAAAAUGCAAAGCACCUCUCUUAUCUUUUUUGACCAGCAAAUUCUGGUUGGACAUGUUAGAGGAUUUACGACUGAAUGCUUGGAGGGGAGCCAGUGGGCUGUCCAGAUUUGUCCCCAGAAGUAGGAUAGCCGAUCUGCCGAAAGCAUCCCAGGCUGAUGCUUGCCCAAUCAUUUUUGAAAAGCCGCCAAAUAAAGAGAUUCCGCCACAUCCUUCGCAUCGGCCUUCAUUCCUGAGCAUUAAGUUCUUAAGCUUCUUGUCAUUUAAACACAAUUGCUUUUGGGGGGGUGAGUGGGAGGGAAUAAAACCUGACCCUCAGAAUCCAGGAUGAGCAAUCUUUCUUCCUUUCUAAAUGAAAACAGCCAGCGUGGUCUCCGCUGUCAUCUCCUUCUGCAUAGCAGGGUAAAUGACCCUCUGGACCCCUUCCGUCUUCUCAGCACAUGUGAGAUCCAGACUUUCCUCAGGAGAUUUCAGUCUUCUGGAGCACUGAUCAUCUUCCCUUGGUGGCUUCCCCCUCAAUCCUUUCCAUUGUGUUGAUGGCGGGUCUUGCAGCUCAGUGCCAAAGCACCUAGUUUUCAUGGAGAAAGUAUUGUGUUCAAAUCCUGCCAGCAUCUCCUGGUAUGGCUGGGAAAGGGCUCCGUGCCCCAAAUCCUGGAUUGCUGCUGACAUUCAAUGCAGAUAAUAAUGUGCCAGACAGACCAAGGGCCUGACUCUGUAUGAGGCAGCUUUCUAUUUUCCCGUGUGAAUCAGUGUUCAGAGCCAUGAGGACUAUAAACUUGCUUUAUUUUUAGGGGAAGGGCCACAGCUGAGUGGCAGAACACACACUUUGUGUGGCAUCUCCAGGCAGGGCUGGGAAUAUGCCCUGCAACUCUGGAGAGCUGCUGCCAGUCAGUGCAGACAGUAUUGAUACCCCAUGGCCUAGCAGCUGCCUAAGUUCCUAAGCAUAUUUUAUUGGGAGUGAGCAUCAGGCAAUGAAUGCAAUACUGUACUCUCUUAGCAGCGGCUGUGCAGAAUGACAGCUACCAGUUCUUCAGCUUUGAGACCGAGGUUGCAGUGAGUGCCGCUAGCUCACACCUCUGCCCCCAAACCCCUCCUGUAAUACUGCAAAUUAUCCGAAAGGGAUCUAUGCUGCCAAUUGCAGACAACCUCAUCUCUUCUCUCCCCAAUUAUAUGGCAAGAGUGGCAUGUUUGUCGGUAAACACGCCAGUCAGGAAAGUGCUGUCGUUCCUUCCCUUUCUUGUUAAUUAAAUGAAAUUAACUAGUGGCAAUGAAUGCUCAAAUGUACACAGGAGCUGCUAAGACCAAGUGGCCAUUCAGCCUCUGCUUAUUAACCUCCAGUGAAGGAGAGUCCACCACCUUCUGAGAAAGUCCAUUCCACUGUCAAACAGCUCUUACAAUCAGAAAGCUCUUCCUCGUGUUUAGUCGGAAUCUCUUUCCUUUUCAUUUGGAUCCAAUUGCUCAGGUCCUCCCCUCUGGAGCAGAAGAAAAGAAGCUUGCUCCUUCUUCCAUGUGAUGGCCCUUCAGAUAUUUGAAGGCGGCCCUCAUCUCACUUCUUAGUCUUCUCUUCUGGCUAAACAUCUCCCUCAACUGUUCCUCAUAUGUCUUGGUUUCCAGACCCAUAAUAAUCUUGGUUGCCUUCCUCUGCACACAUUCCAGCUUGUCAAUAUCCUUCUUAAAAUGUGUUGUCCAGAACAGUCACCUUCCAGUCCAGGGUGACUUACUGGGCGUAAAUCUCUCUCUGUGUGUGUGUGCUUCAGUUCCCACAAGCACCGAGUCCUCUCAGCCCUUCAAAGUUGCUUCCUCAAUCCUGUGGGGAUCACCAAACUCUUUGAACAUCUUUGCCACGUUCAAGCAAUCAUAGCGAUCAAAGGAAGACUCAAAGUGGUGAGGAAUAUUUUGGGGCUUGAUUUAGACCCUUAAAUUGAGGGGAAGGGAUGCAUUCCCAAGAACCACGAAUUAAAUAUUUUCUCUUUUCUUCCCAAGACAUACAAAACGAGUCCUCCUUGCUUUUUAUUUCAACAUUUGGUUUCUUCAUGCCCUUAUAAACUUGGGGGGGGGGCAGAGUGCAGAAUCUCCCAGUUUUUAUUACAGUUCCAGAGAUUUCAUUCCAGAUUGGAGGAAGGGGGGAGGCCCGCCGGUCGUAUUCCAUUCCAUUCCUCCUAUUUAUUUUGUGUGUGUGUUACGUGUGUUGUGUGUGUAUGUGUGGUCCGAGCUAGCAACUGUUAAACCAACUCCAGGUGGGGUUAGCUACGCUAGUCCGUUGUAGCUAAUACAACAGCACUUCCUUUUAGCAACGAGCAAAUGUAUUGUGGCGUCAGCUUUAUAAGGGCUUCAACAGCUCCCCGUCAGAUGCAUGGCUAGUCCAAUACAGCAACCCUUCUCGGUGUGGACCCACAGCUGGAGUGAAUCGGUGGCGGCUUACUUGUAAUUAAAGUAGGCAAAAGCUGAAAUAUGUGUCAAGGGAGAUAAAGGGUGAGGGGGAAGAAGGCCGGAAAGGGUGGGAGGCAAAUCCCCAAAGAGGAUUGUAUCCCAACUAAAUCCGGCUCAGAGUAGACCUAUUUAAACCAAGGGUCAUUGCUAACUUACAUCCACCAGCCUGGAUGCCUUUAAAAGAGAACUGGGCAAAUUCAUGGAGGAGAAGGAGAACAGGAUGCUGGACUAGUAGGGCCAUUGGCCUGAUCCAGCAAGCUUUUCUCAGGUCAGCCCCUUGAUUUCGGUGCAUUUACUCUGAGUAGCAUUUAGUUGGCUGCACCAGGAGGGUCCGUUCUUGACCCAAGAUAAGCAAGAUAUAUUUAGCUACCCCUUGGAAGGGACGCAGGUGGCGCUGUGGGUUAAACCACUGAGCCUAGGGCUUGCCGAUCAGAAGGUCGGCAGUUCGAAUCCCCGUGAUGGGGUGAGCUCCUGUUGCUUGGUCCCAGCUUCUGCCAACCUAGGAGUUCGAAAGCACGUCAAAGUGCAAGUAAAUAGGUACCACUCUGGCGGGAAGGUAAACGGCGUUUCCGUGUGCUGCUCCUGUUAGCCAGAAGCGGCUUUGUCAUGCUGGCCACAUGACCUGGAAGCUGUACACCAGCUCCCUCGGCCAAUAACGCGAGAUGAGCGUCGCAACCCCAGAGUUGGUCACGACUGGACCUAAUGGUCAGGGGUCCCUUUACCUUUUGGAAGAGCUUAAGUAGGAGUCCCGGCCAAUCCGAAAGGAUGGAGGAGCCAAUCUUGGAGGUGGGGGGGCUGCAGGAAAGCAGGGGGGAAGCAUCAAGCUUGUGGCGCUCCCAGGAAGUGGGGGACUUGGGCAGACACCCAGAUUACAAGCAGGCAUCCUGCAUGAGUGGUGUGGCUGGACUCUGGGCGCAAUGCAUCUGUGCAUGACUGUCCUGCACGUGGGAGAAACAAUUUAAAACGCCGCAUCCCAAAAGCCAAGCAAACGCAUGCACUGCAACGUGCCCUGUCCCUUGUACGCAUUCCCUUCCGUGUGAUCCCUCCUGUGCUGCUUUCUGCAGGCAGUCUUAGAUGGGGACAAAUAUCUGUGCCGACAAGACGGUGCUCUGGGUUCCUUCCACCCUCAGAGCUACGAAAUCUAUGGCCUUGUCCUUCCGAAAAAUAUCCAUGUGGGACAGUGAAGAGUUCCGACUACCUGUUGCUGAUGUUUGCUUUUCUGCUUUUCCGAAAGUUCUGUGGAUGCUACAAAGCCAGCUUUUUUAGAAAAAAAAACACUAUGCAAACCACCCAAUAAAAUCUUAAGUUUUCCUUCCUUCUCUUUAAAUAUAUGCAUAUACGUAUAUUGUUUCUGAGCCCUCUCAUUCCGGGCAGAGAUUCUCUCUCUCUGCGAGGUUUCCACAAUAGUUUUUCACGUACGAGUGUAUUAAACCCCAUAUGUGAUUAAGCUGGGGCUUUUCUUCUCGAGCAAAACUGGCGCGGAAUCUCGUCUCCCGGCGCCAAGAAGCAAACGGUUGGCCUUUUGUCCUCCUCUGCCCUUAAAAACGGGUCUGUGGUGAGCCGUGUGAGAAACUCUUUUUACUGCAGCUCUGCAGAAAGGCCUCUGAGCGAAGAAAGAAACUUGCCAGUAAAUGGAACGGCUGCAGACCAGAGCAGGGAGGCGAGGAGGAGAGACAUUUGCAGAGAAGAGAAGUUUUGGCAAACAGGGUUUUUUGUCUCCUUUGCAUUAAAGCGCUUAACGGGGCAAGCCUGCUCCUGAGGUUUCCUUGUACGUACUCCAGGGGCGCAUAAAUGGGGGCGGGUGAAAUGUGUAAGCUAAGGCUGUGUACACACUUCCAUCUACACCCAGUCUAGCCACAAUCCAUCUCUAUAGGGAAGUUUUUAAAUGUUAAACAUUUUGUGCAUUUCAUAUACAGGUGGAACUCGGAAAAUUAGAAUAUCGUCGAAAAGUGCAUUUAUUUCAGUAAUGCAGCUUAUUAUUUUUUCCUUUUCUUUUAAUCUUUACAAAUGCUUUCUUUUGGAAAUUCUGCAGUAAUAAAACAAAUAGUUACAAUAAUACAAAAAAACCCAUCGUUAUUACAUUUCAUUAAUUACAUUCCAUUUAUAAUUGACCCGCCUAAUGACAAAUAAUUACAACAAAGAAAGGCUUGACGUAUCUUGCUUUGCAUGUCAUGCAUCUAUCUCAUAUUUUGGUUUCACCUUUUAAGUUGCGUUACUGAAAUAAAUGCACUUUUCGAUGAUAUUCUGAUUUUCCGAGUUUCACCUGUACGUUGGAAGCCGCCCAGAAUGGCCGGGGCAACCCAGUCAGAUGGGCAGGGUACAAAUAACAACAUAUUAUUAUUAUUAUUAUUAUUAUUAUUAUUAUUAUUUUACAAAACUCAGCUUUGGUCCUGAAGAAAAUAAUGACCUGGCUGUGCUUUUAUCAUAGAAACAUAGAACGGUAGACUUGGAAGGGACCCCCAGGGGUCACCUAGCCCAACCCCCUGCUACAAUGCAGGGAUCACAAUCCCUGACAGAUGUCCACCCAACCUUUGUUUAAAAAUCUCCCAUAAAGGAAGUCCAGCAUCUUCCGAGGUUGCCCAUUCCACUGCAGAACAGCUCUUAUUGUCAGGAAGUCCUUCCUAAUGCUGGCAAUGUGUACACAGCCUAAGGAUGCAAUAAUUGCAUUGUUGGGUUUCAGUCUCUUUUUAUUGUGCAGCUUUCUGCUUCCGCCAAGGCCUUUUGCAGGCUCACAAGCAGCCAGGUUAGGAUGGUGGCCAUAUCCACUUCCUGUUUUCAGGCCCUUCGUCACAGGUAUUCUGUUCCUGAAUGUGGAAGCUCUGUUCUUAACUGUUGCUGCUGAUAGCUGCCUGUCCCACACAAAUUUCUCAAUCCUUAAAAAAAGAGGAGGGGGGCAUCUCUGCUAGCAGCCAUCAUUGCAUUUUUGCAGAAGUUAAUUCUACAAGUUGUCCAUGCCUUGAGUCGAACCACAUUUUCUUUUGUUUGCCCUGUACUUACUGCUAAUUACUUUCGCAGGAUAUCCUCUCCAGGGCGGGGAUAUUUGUCUCCCUCCACAGCAUCCAUGAUUUUGUCAGCCUCUAUCAUGUCUCCUCUUCACCAUGUUCUGCGUUUAGUAAACUAAAAAAGGCCCAACUUUCUUUGAUUUGAGUUUUCUCUUUUCUGUGUCUCCUCCUCCUCCAGCUCGGGGAUAUGUGUUUGGCAAAAGUGCAAAAACAAAAAACAAACAAAAAAACAAACAACCCUGAUCUGGCAAAUGGCUUUGAUUGCCCAUAAUGCAAAGCCAUGAUUUAUUAAACCUCUGGUGAAACCAUGGCUUAGUGUUGUGCUUCAGCCCUGCCCAAUGGUUUCACUGUGUUUCAUUCACUGUUGGCAAACCAUGGUUUGUUGUUGGCUGAUGAACCUUGGUUUGUUUUAACUACAGGGUGAUGUUAUGAGUCAACCAGGCCGCCCCUCCUUAACCAUAGCUUGUUUUCACCACAUCACCCCAGAAGUUUGCCAAGCUACUAUGGAACAAAGCAAGAGCAGCAAGGAAACAAACCAAAGUUUGGAACACUGUGGUUUGUUUAAUCAUCUGCGAGACAAAAACCAUGGUUUGCCAAACAAGCCAUUGCCUGGUGUUAAGCACAAACUAGGUUUGAACAUUUGUUUUGUCUAUUUCCUCUUUCUCUUUGCCGUUUGUGCAUUUCUCCCCCUGCCAGUUCUCAAUGCCUGCCUUUCCUCUCUCAAAGUAAGCCUAACUCUGCACUGAUUUUUAUUGUGAAAUCUUUUUUAAAGCCCUCCCGGUUCUUUGUAUAUGCCAUGUUGCUCCAGCCUGCUGCAGCUCUCCUUUGAUAUUUAAGGCUGUGAUGAAGAUAAGAAUAAAAAAACUGA